AUGGCCAGACCGCGCAUAGUCGACCUGGAAAAUCGAAUCGACGAACUCACCGCUCAUCUAAGAAUUGUCACAAAAGAGCUAUACUUCCCCAUCCACAUCCGCGGCGUAGACACAUCCAACGGCUUCGUCUACAUGACGGUUGAGCGGCUAGCACUAUCGGCAAACGGAGAGCUUCAGCCCUAUACCACUCCCUCCCCGAUACGGUUGUCCCACCUGCCAUAUGAAGGACACAGACCAGAACACAUGGUGGACAUGCAGGGAAGAGUUGGUGUGCGCCUUCCCGGUGUGUUUGUUGCGCCGGAAGAGGUGGAGGCGCCGAUUGUUAUAACUUGGACACCAUUUGCGGCGGGGAUGAAGAAGACGGUUGUGAGGGUUGAGGAUCAGACAGACAUGGAUCGUGUGAGGUGA